UUACGGGGCUGAGCGGAAGUCCUAGUUCACUCGCCAAGCGGAGAGGAUUCUGGGGCCCGGAAGGAGGUGGAAUCUGUAGCCGACCUGUUUGCCUGUACACUCGCCUGGGAGGAGAGCGCGUGGCUGUUCAAAGAGGCGUGUUACUGGAGCGCGUGGCUCGUGCGCUGAGGUCAGAGGUGGCCAAAAGCCCGACGUCGGUGUAGAACUUGAGACUGUGAGUUAUGGUGGGGAGAUCGCGGCGGCGCGGAGCGGCCAAGUGGGCAGCCAUGCGAGCCAAGGCAGGUCCCGGCCCAGCGGACGAAAAUGAAGACGAUUUAGAAUUGCCACCGUCGCCAGGGGACUCCAGCUACUAUCAAGAUAAGGUAGAUGAUUUCCAUGAGGCCCGAUCUCGGGCCGUCUUGUCUAAAGGCUGGAGCGAAAUGGAGAGUGGGGACGAGGAGGAGGAUGGCGAUGAGGAGGAGGAGGUUCUAGCCCUAGAUAUUGCUGAUGAGGACGAUGAAGAUGGAGAGAGUGCGGAGGAGGAGGAAGAUGAUGAUGAUGAUGGUGGGAGCUCCGUGCAGAGUGAGGCCGAGGCAUCUGUGGAUCCCAGUUUGUCGUGGGGUCAGAGGAAAAAACUUUACUAUGACACAGACUACGGUUCCAAGCCCCGAAACCGACAAAGUCAACAAGAAGUAGAGGAGGAGGAAAGAGAGGAGGAAGAAGAAGCACAGCUCAUACAGCGGCGCCUUGCCCAAGGCCUGCAAGAGGAUGAUUUUGGGGUGACCUGGGUAGAGGCCUUUGCAAAACCUGUACGUCAAGUAGAUGAGGCUGAGACCCGGGUCGUGAAGGAUCUGGCGAAAGUUUCAGUGAAAGAGAAGCUGAAGAUGCUGCGGAAAGAAUCACCAGAGCUCUUGGAACUGAUAGAAGACCUGAAAGUUAAGUUGACAGAGGUGAAGGAUGAGCUGGAGCCAUUGCUACAGUUGGUGGAGCAAGGGAUCAUUCCAUCUGGAAAAGGAAGCCAAUACCUGAGGACCAAGUACAAUCUCUAUUUGAACUACUGCUCCAACAUCAGUUUUUAUUUGAUCCUGAAAGCCAGGAGAGUCCCUGCACAUGGACAUCCUGUCAUAGAAAGGCUUGUUACCUACCGAAAUUUGAUCAACAAGUUGUCGGUUGUAGAUCAGAAGCUGUCUUCUGAAAUUCGUCAUCUACUCACACUUAAGGAUGAUGCUGGAAAGAAAGAACUGAGUUUAAAAGUAAAAUCCACCAAGGCCAAGCCAAAAUCUGUUUCAGAGACUGCUUCUGCCUCUGCUGUUACAGAUAUUUCUGAUGAUUCUGAUUUUGAUGAAGAAGCUGCACUGAAAUACUACAGAGAAAUAGAAGACAAGCAAAAGUUGAAGAGAAAGAAAGAAGAAAAUAGCACUGAAGAACAGGCUCUUGAAGAUCAAAAUGCAAAGAGAGCCAUUACUUAUCAGAUUGCUAAAAAUAGGGGACUUACACCUAGGAGAAAGAAGAUUGAUCGGAAUCCUAGAGUCAAACACCGGGAGAAGUUCAGAAGAGCCAAAAUUCGCAGAAGAGGCCAAGUUCGUGAAGUUCGUAGAGAAGAGCAACGUUAUAGUGGUGAACUCUCUGGCAUUCGUGCAGGAGUUAAAAAGAGCAUUAAGCUUAAAUAAAGUUUUCACUUAGCUUAAGUUUUUUGGCAAUAACUUUAGAUCAAUAAAUUUUUAUUUUUAA